GCGCGCUGUGUGUGUGUGUGUGUGUGUGUGUGUGCGCGCGCGCGCACGCGCUUGCGUGUAGGUGUGUGUUUUAUCGAGGGCCAUAAACUACCGUUAAAGUGAAAAUAAAACUUGAGGAAGAGCACAUUUGGCUUCGGACUGCUUUAGUUCUAUUCUAGCGUUCAUAUUUGACUCUAUUGUUGUGUUGAACGCGUCUAGAUCUCCAAUGAUCUGAACCAGAUUACUGUGAUUCUUUAACGGAUGAGUCUGUGUCUCCGGCAUGAUGUCGAUUAUUGUCCUUUUACUGAUGAAUAUCUUCAUAGAAACCUCUGUGUCAUUGACUGUAUUGGUUCCUGGUGAUCCUGUAGUGGCUCAUGUGGGAUCUACAGUGAUUCUUCCCUGCUGGAUCUCUCCUGCUCAGAACGCUGAAGCUCUGGAGAUCCGCUGGUACCGUCACGAUCAGUUCAACAACCCUGUUCUGCUCUACAAUCAAGGGAAGAUCCAGGACGUCCAGGAGAAAUCAUACAGGGGCCGAAGCUCACUGAAGCCAUGGUCAGAUCAGUCUGGUGGACUGAAGGAUGGAGACGUCUCUCUACGGCUGGAGAAACUCACACUUCAGGAUGAAGGUUCAUUUCGCUGUUAUGUGAGUGGAGACAGAGAAUUUGACAGUAAAGAGGUGGCUCUCAAAAUAACUGAAUCAUCAGGUACAUGGAAGGCACAUUUCGUCAGCGUUCUCAUUGUUCUCGUGUGUCUGAUUCUGGGUUUGGUUGGGUUGAUCCUCUACAAAUACAGAGACAAACUAACAGGAAAGAAACCAGCUAAAGAAAGUUGUGAGGAGGAAAAAGCAGUUGUGGAAGAAGCUGAAGAUAUAGAGGGACUGAAGAAAUAUGCAGAUGUGGGAGAAUCUGCAGAUAUAGAGAAACUGAGGAAAUAUGCAGUUAAUGUCACUAUUGAUCGUGAGCAUAAAAAUCCAAACCUGGAAGUUUCUCGGGACGGUAAAUCUGUGAAGCAUGCUCCUGGAUAUAAACACACUGGAAAGGCAUUUCCUUACAAUUUAUGUGCGUUUGGAGCCAAAAGAUUCACACCCGGUCGUCACUAUUGGGAAGUAGAACUGGCAGUUCCACCUAAUCCUUCCAAAAACUACUGGUUAAUUGGUGUGAUGAAAGAUGGAAAUUUAACUCCAAGAGACAGAUCUGCUUUAACUCCAUCAGCUGGUUUCUGGUUCUUGUGUUCAGACGGUCCUAGUGGCUUUCACAUCAACACUACUCCAUCAGUUAAACUCUCUCUGACUCCGAGACCUGAACGACUGGGAGUUCUGUUGGAUUAUGAUGAUGGACAGCUGUCAUUUUACAACGUCAAAGAGAGAAAACAUCUCCUGACCAUUAAAACCAAAUUCUCUGGAUCAGUCCGUGCUCUCUUCAGUCCUGGAGCUGGUGAUCAGAGCGAGCUUAGAAUCCUGGAUUGUCCAAAACCUGCAGAAUCAGCUGCAGACUCCAGUCAGCCUUUACUGAGUGUGGUUUCUAGACCAGAGAAGACUUGACGGCGCAGUGUAACACGUCAGACACCAACAGAAACCAUCAUAAUCAUACUGUCUACACUGGAUGAGACAUGAUGAUUCACUUUCAGUGAUUGAUCUCUAUUGUUAUUUUGAGAAGACACAAUAAAUAAAUCAGUAAUCUAAA